CGCUACCUGCUCCCCUGUCCCCCCAAUUGCCCCGCCAGUAUCUAUGCCCUCAUGAUGGACUGUUGGAACGAAGUGAGUGUAAAGCGUCCCAUGUUCGAUGAGGUCCUGAUGCGGCUGUCUGCUUGGCAACAGGAACUGAUGGUAGAACAGGCGAUGAAUCCAAAGGAUGGCCACUUGCCACCUUCAUUUACCCCGACGACUACAGCGGCUAGUGUUUGUGAAGUGCCAAAUUCGUGCAGUCAGUCCGGUGAGUCGGGCAAGACCAACUCGACUGAAGUCUCUGAUCGUCCCGUCUCACAACGUAUCAGCUCCGUACCGAUGCCUAUUAUGGCCAACUGCACCACGGCUGGACAGGCGACCCCCUUUCAGGAGACUCGAGGGCUGGAUCUGAACUGCGGUGAUACUGGACAGUGUCUGGCACCACAAAAGGAAAGUGAUGGCAGUUCAGGUGCCUUCAUCCUGGGCCCAAGACCCAUAACGACAGGAGCCAAUUGUUCGAGUGCUAAAACCUCUGGCAUCGGUUUCUUCUCCCCCACUCCCUCCCACUAUGCGGCAGAAGCCACCAGGGUCAUUUAA